CACAGAGGUAUGUCCGCUGGAAGUUAUAAGCUCCACAGCUGUGGCUGAAAACCCGACCGAGGGAGCCUUAUCCCCCGCGUCAACCCAGUGGUCCGUCCGGUCUGUGGUGGCUCUUAACACCUCCUCCUCCUCCUCCUCCUCCUCCUCCUCCUCUCUCCCCCGGUGCGCCCUGGCGGCUGGAGCCUCCCAUCAGCCGCACACGGUGCAAUGCAACACGGGUCCCUGCUGCGCGUCCAGCUCGUCCCCCGAAAGGGAAAAGAAAAGAAAAACCCUCGAAAGUUAAAGAAAAACAUGCGUGACCAAGUCGCUCGUUUGUGCGUGUUUUCUCCAGUGCGCUCCUAAAAAGGGAAAAAAAAGGGUGGAGGAGCACCGGUGGAGCAGGAGGAGGUGUUUUUUUGGGAGUGUUGGAGGAGAAAAGGUGUGGUGUUUUUUUUUUUUCUUUAGUAAUAGUUCAUCAUCUCGCUGUGCCAUGGUGAUCUUCAACGGGAUGCUGAAGAUCAAGAUCCGAGAAGCUCUGGACCUGAAGCCCACGGCGUGGUCCCUGCGUCACGCCGUGGGCCCCAAGACCCAGAGCUUCAUGCUGGACACGUACAUCGCCCUGAACGUGGACGACUCUCGGGUGGGCCAGACCUCCACCAAGCAGAAGACCAACAGCCCGGCGUGGAACGACGAGUUCACCACGGAGGUGCACGACGGCCGCAGGAUCGAGCUGUCCGUGUUCCACGACGCGCCCAUCGGCUGCGACGACUUCGUGGCCAACUGCAUCAUCCAGUUCGAGGACAUCCUGCACAACGGGGGCAAGCACUUCGAGAACUGGAUUGACCUGGAGCCAGAGGGAAAGGUGUAUGUUGUUAUCGACCUAUCAGGAUCUUCAAGUGAAGCGGCCUCCGGCUCCAUUGAGAAUGAGGAGCGGGUGUUUCGUCAGCGGAUGGGUCCCAGGAAGCGGCAGGGUGCCGUCCGCCGGAGGGUCCACCAGGUCAACGGACACAAGUUCAUGGCCACCUACCUGAGACAGCCCACCUACUGCUCCCACUGCAGGGACUUCAUCUGGGGCGUCCUAGGAAAGCAGGGCUACCAGUGUCAAGUGUGUACCUGUGUGGUCCAUAAGCGCUGCCAUGAGCUCAUCAUUACCAAGUGUGCAGGGAUGAAGAAGCAGGAGGACACAGUGGAGGAGCCGGUCGGUUCUCAGAGGUUCAGUGUCAACGUGCCGCACAUGUUCAGCAUCCACAACUUUAAAGUUCUCACCUUCUGCGACCACUGCGGGUCACUGCUCUGGGGUCUGCUGCGACAGGGGCUCCAGUGUAAAGUGUGUAAAGUGAAUGUGCACAGACGCUGUGAGAGUAACGUAGCUCCUAACUGCGGCGUGGACGCCAGAGGAAUCGCUAAAGUCCUCUCUGACCUCGGGGUCACACCGGACAAGAUCUCCAACAGCGCCCAGAGACGGAAAAAGCUCUCUCAGGCUCAGGACCCCCAGCAGACGUUACCAGGGACGCCUCAGACAGAAGACGACCGCUCAAGGUCCGCCCCCACCUCACCAUGUGACCCAGACGUGAAGGAGCUGGACAACAUCCGGAAGGCCCUGUCCUUCGACCACCGCGGAGAGGAGCACAAAAAACAGCCCUUAUCCUCCCCCUCGUCUGUUGCCACGGUGACGGGGGACGUUCGCGGAGGCGGAGGAGGCGGUGGCGUCGGAGUGGAGGGUGAAGGAAACCGGGAGAACGGAGAGGUCAAAGGUCACAUCGCUCCUGAAAUCAAGAGGAUGAAUUUGUCCGACUUUGUGUUCAUCAAAGUUCUGGGAAAAGGAAGCUUCGGAAAGGUGAUGCUGGCGGAGCUGAAAGGCAGCGACGAGGUUUACGCCGUCAAAGUGCUGAAGAAAGACGUGAUCCUGCAGGACGACGACGUGGACUGCACUCUGACCGAGAAACGCAUCCUCGCUCUGGCCAGAAAGCACCCGUACCUGACUCAGCUCUUCUGCUGCUUCCAGACUAAAGACCGAUUGUUCUUCGUGAUGGAGUACGUUAACGGAGGCGACCUCAUGUUUCAGAUUCAACGAUCGAGGAAGUUCGACGAGGCGAGAUCUCGUUUCUACGCCGCCGAAGUCACGUCCGCUCUGAUGUUCCUGCACCGGCAUGGAGUCAUAUACAGAGACUUGAAGCUGGACAACAUACUGCUGGAUGCGGAGGGUCACUGUAAGCUGGCAGACUUCGGGAUGUGUAAAGAGGGCAUCCUCGAUGGAGUCACCACCACCACCUUCUGUGGGACGCCAGAUUACAUCGCACCCGAGAUACUUCAAGAGCUGGAUUACGGCCCGUCAGUGGACUGGUGGGCUCUUGGGGUGCUGAUGUAUGAGAUGAUGGCAGGUCAGCCACCGUUUGAAGCCGAUAAUGAAGAUGACCUGUUUGAGUCCAUCCUCCACGACGACGUCCUCUAUCCCGUCUGGCUCAGCAAGGAGGCUGUGUCCAUUCUCAAAGCGUUCAUGACCAAGAGUCCUAACAAGCGUCUGGGCUGUGUGGUGGCUCACGGUCUGGAGGAGGCCAUUAAGCUCCAUGUGUUCUUCAGAGAGAUCGACUGGACGCUGCUGGAGCAGAGGAAGAUCCGACCACCAUUCAAACCACGCAUCAAAACCAAAAGAGACGUGAAUAACUUUGACCAGGACUUUACACGAGAAGAACCCAACCUGACGCCGACGGAAGCAAGCAUCAUCAAGCAGAUCAAUCAGGAUGAGUUUAAAGGAUUCUCCUACUUUGGAGACGAGACUGUGGCCUAAACACACACAUACUGACACACAGAUAAUUAACACAUUAAUACACACCAAAACACCUAAAAAAUCUUCAAGCAAAGAUAUAGUAUUUGAAGAAACACACGGCCUGAGACCUCCUGAACUUUUCCAGAAUCUGACCACUCAGACCAUCGGUAUCUCUCUCUUUAUGGUUUCUGUGCUCUUGUUGUUUGUCCAUUUGUGCAUAUGCCUUCAAAGUAUAUGCUCAAGCAGCAUGUAAGCGCAAGUCAGAAACCGUAAGAAAUGCACCUUCACUUGGGCCAGAUAUAUUUCAAAGCAGUGGUUUAAACCAAACUCUGUGUUUUUAGAAGGACCUUUUGAAGAUUAUACAUGGGCAAGGUAACGGCCUGUAAGUGUGUGUGUGUGUGUGUGUGUGUGAGAGCGAGAUAAUGUGAGUGCAAGCGUGCAUGCAUGCAUAGUUGCAUACUGUACCACUUGAAAGAGCAAGACUGUCUUUUCUGUACAUGAUGUGCUGUAUCCUGUGUCUAUCUCUGUGUUUAAAGAAUGUUUUUCUUCCCUAAACUUGUAUGUGAAUGGAAAAUAUAUAUAUAUAUGUUCAACCAAUGAUUGUAUUUAAAUAAAAAUGGUCUUGAAAAGUACUUUAUUCAUUAUAAAAGGAGAAGCAGGAAAUCAGCAUUUUGUUUGGGGAUGAAAUCUUGAUGAACAUAGAAGUUUUGUCAGUACAAUGUUUUAAAUUUGAUAGCCAAACUGGCAAAUUGAAAUUUAAGGCGCCCGACAAAAGCAUGACGUUGGCAUUUUGACAAUUUAGUUUUGUUUUAUCUCAGCAGUUCUUUUGUUUUAGAGAGAAGGUUACAUGCGUUGUUUUUCCUUCUCUCUCCACAUGUUAGAAAACCGACGUCCCAUUCUUCAUUCAAAACCAAACGGUACCAUUAGCCGUCAGCUAACAGCGCUACAGUAGCUUACCACUGGGUGUGUCCUGUUGCAGUGAGUGUCAACAAGCUGUUUUUCAUAUGACUUGAUGUUUGACAUGGGGACAGUGGUCCAAUGAAGCCAAAUUAAGAGCUGCAAUCUAAAAUGUCAAAGGAGCCCUUUAAAAAGUCUUUGUUACUGAAACUCUCUCUGCACCUACUGGAGCAAAAUCUCUCCAAGUCAACUCUUUAAAUCCCUUCAUGACCACUUGAUCGUUGAGAUGCCUUGUGUGUGUUUUUGUGUGUGUACAGUCACUGUGUAAUCGGUCGCUGUACUGGACCUACAGUCACUGACAUGACAAACCAAACCCUCGAGACUCCACAUCAAACUGGUGGAUCGUACAUAGAGGUGAAAUGUGUUUGCACAUGUGACUGAAUGUGUUCAACUGAAUGUAUUUGUGUGUGUGUGUGUGUGUGUGUGCAUACGUGGAGAAGCCCUCUUCAUGUUUUCAUCAUGUUGUAUUUUUUUAUUUAAAACAUCUUUUUUGUUCAUGUUGUUGUGUUGUUUUUUUACUAGAUCAUCUAGUUAUUGAUGGCGUGUUAGAAAUCUUUAGUUUUCAUGUGAUGCAGCGAGACUCACCUGGUCAGAAACACAUCAGACCCUCCUCCUCCUCUUUGUACCACUCGGACACGGAGGUCAAAUAAGCUGGUGUGCAGAGGUGUUGGUCCAUGUCACAGGUCAGGUUUAGGACUUUUUAGUGAAUUUAAAAGAAUCCAAAUUUUCAAGAAAACUCCAUGUGCAAUACUCUGAAAGAGUUUUUAUUUGUUUGUUAAGUUGCUUUUCUAUUUUUCUUCUCUUUCUUUCUUCUUUUCUUGCUAUUUGUUUUCAUUUAGCCUCAUCCAAGGACAGGUACAGAGGAGACUACUUUACAGUUAGUUUAAGUGCACAUAAAAGUGAUCGAUAUUUCAAACAUAUUUCCUUAAAAGUGCAAGAAUGGGGAGUAGAGGAUGAAUUAGAAACUGGCUUCAGGAAGACACUCUAAACACACAUACAAACACAUAUUUAUGGGUAGCAGUGCAGAUUUGAGAUCAUUUAACUGCGAACCAACUUUCAAAACAAAAUGUUUCUGUCGUCCAUAUUGUUUCUCAUAUUUUCUUCUCUAUUGUCUUAAUGUGUCUCAUGUGGCAUCUUUGUUUUUGUCUUUAAUUUAAAAGUUUGUUCCACUAGGACCCUAAAAACAUUCUUUCCCAGAAGUCCUCCAUGCUACAUGCCAAAUGCUACUUCCAAAUGUUCCUACCACAAUCCCUUUAGUUUAAAGUUUUGUAAAAAAAUAAAUAAAAGAAGAACAUUAUGUAGGAGGUUUCUUUACUUUGGUUGAAGUUAAAUUGUGGCCUGAGGUAUAUUUCAAACAAUGGAGACAGUAUUAUGAUUUAACUUACAGUAUCAAACAUUCAUCUUCCUGGGGUCAUAUGCAGAAUGUUACUGUAUGUACAUGUUUGGGUUUUGUUGCACUUCCUGUAUUUGUGAAGCUUUGUAUGUGCAUUUUUGCCAUCUGACCUGUGGUGUUUUUUUUCCAUGUCCUUCAUUCGUGUUUAUGUCGAAUUUGUUCUUUUCUUUACGCUGCGUGCCAAAUGUACUGUAUUUUAAAAGGAU